AUGGAAACACCUCAGCCAACGCUGGCCAAGGAAGAGGGGAGGAGGCAAGACCUAGAAUGGGGGAGCCCCCAAACCCUGAAAUCCUCGGCCCACGCAAAGCCACCCACCCAUCUCAAACCCGAGGAGGCGGCGGGGGGGUGGGGAGGAAGGGACCCGGGACGCCUCGGGGCGUGCCAGAGGGUCGUGGGAAGUGGAGGAAAAGGAGCCCCCCCCGCGGUCUCGGAACACCCCCAGUGCCCUCCCCACACCACCCCGCUGAGUGGGCCGCUGCGAAGACUGGAAAUCCCCCAUGCACCCUCUCCCCGGGAAGUUCUCGGUGUUACCCUCAGCACCCCUAAGGCUGCACCUCCCUCGCCCGCCCGGGACCAGAAGAGAGAGGGGCGGCUGCGGGAGUCCUGCCGGGAUCCCCCAGCCGCUGGGCGCCCACCAACCGGGUCGAGCCCGGGGCAUCCCCGCGCAGCGCAGACAGGAGGCGGGGGGGCGGGGACGGGCGCCCAGGUCUCCGGGGUCCCGACGGCUCCGGUCAAGUGCAGCGCCCUGCCCCUGCCCACCACCCGGCAUCAGCGAGACAAGAUACGCCGUGAGACACCCGCCCCGCGCCGCCCCCCCACCCCGGGCUCCGACCCCACCCGUGACCCGCGCAUCCGCACCCCCGACUCCGGCCUCCGCGCCCCAGGAAGCCCGACGAGCUUUGUUAACUCCCCACUACCCCCGGCGCUGCCGUCGGGCGCCCCGGGGACCGCGCGCCCCUUGCCUCCCGCCGCGUCCCCCCAGCGAGCCGAGGCCGCACCUGUGCCCGCCGCCGCCACCGCCGCCGCUCGCCCGCUCCCCUCGGCUGUGCCGGCGCUGCUCCGAACCCCACACACAUCGCUACACACAGCCCUCUGA